UCUCGAUAAUGAGUUGUGUCAUUGCUGAUACCUUUUCCUGCACCGCUGUAGACUAACUCUACAAUCACAGUCUUUAUGUCAUAUUCUCGUCACACGAAACCAUUGAUGUUGCAAUACAAGCAUAUAACUCAGCACAGCAACUGUCCCAGGAGCCCUUGGGCCAAACUUGUACCGAACGCCCAUAAUACCUCAUAAAGUCGACUCCAUUCCUCGUUCAAUGCGUGUCCCACCAACAAUUCCUCCAACCAUCUUUGAAACUUUCCCGCGUCCCUUACAGAAGCAGAUCUCUUUCUCGGCCACAGGAACGACAACCUUCGCCCGUCACCGCCCGAUCAUGUCGACCUCGACAUCACCCUCGUUCACCGAGUACAAAAUCCAGUCAUCCCUCCCGUCAUCCCCUUCCAAGCUCUCGGACCGCCAGGCUCUCCUGACCGCCUCCGUCCUGGACCUCUUUGCGGGGUACCCCAGCAAGAGGAAACUGUCUUUGUGGACCGAUGACGCCGUGUUCAGUGACAGCCUGACCAUCGCCACAGGCCGCAAACAGUACGAGGCCCAGUGGUACGGCCUCAAGGCGAGCAUGUCGGACAUAGUGCAGGAGGAGGUCGCCAUCAAGAACGUCGGCAACCCCAUGGAACUGCACCUCAAGACAAAGUACAAGGUCAAGGCCGUCGGAAAGGAGCAAGUCAUCGAUUCCACGGUGCUCGUGCACAUGACUGAUGCCAGCGACGGUGCGAAAAUAACAAAGGUCGAGGACAAGUGGGGUGGAACUCCGCCGCCGGACGGAUUCUUCUCAAAGGCCAUGAGGAAUCUCAAUUCUGUCACCGUACCGGGAUUCGUGACGGUGCCCAAGUCGAUUGAGGAGGAAGAGGGCACUGCUUGAACGGUUCAUUCCCGCAGUCAUGAAUUCGCACAAAAUGCUUGGUGGACCAUGAGGACGAGUCGUAUUAGUACGUUGUAGACUAUUGACAUAUGAAAGAUUAUGACGCUCAAGAAGCAUCACAUUUGCAUCACCCUGUGAGACCAAGUUCGGCGUUCACACAAGUCAAUCUCACUUGACCUGGUGCAUCCCUCGUAAGACCUGAAUGAUCAAGGAUAGAUUGGUGUCCAUAUCCUUGUCCAGCAACGACCCAACCACUGCU